AUGAAGCACUUGGGUAAUGCGCAUGAUUUACUGGGCAUCAAAAUUGAUUAUAGUAAUCAAGCUUACUUCCUUUCCCAAAAGAACUAUGCAGCAUCUAUAUUACAGCAGGCACACCUUACGGCAUGCAAACCUCUUGCAAACCCAAACUGUACCAAGUUUCCUUCCACGUUUCCAACUGAUUCAAGUUUGUUUGAUCCUCCUCUCUAUAGGUGUCUAACUGGUUCACUCCAGUAUCUUACUCUAAUGCGGCCGUAUAUUGCCUACAGUGUUAAUCAACUCUCCCAGCAUAUGCAUCAACCUCUUCCUCAACACAACUAUCUUCUUAAAUGUCUAUUACGCUAUAUUCAAGUUUCUCGGCGAUCAACAUACGGCUAUUGCUCUUUUCUAGGGGAUUCCAUCAUCUCCUAG